AUCGUCUCCUUGGCAGCAAAGCUUGUAGGACCUUUCUUUCCGCGCAUCGGGUUCCCUCUCAUCACAGGAUACAUCGUGACGGGAAUGGUCGCAGGACCCUACGCAUUAGAGAUCGUGAAACAGGCCGAUGUCAACGAUCUCUCUUACAUCAACAUGGUUGCUCUGGCGUACAUCACUACCUCAGCAGGAGCAGAACUUCACAUACCAGAGCUGAAGCCACUGAUCAAGGCCUUGCUUGCACAGACGACCGCAAUUGCAAUUAUUACCUUUGCUCUGGAAACUGUCGUCGUUGGCCUUCUUUCGAGCACAUCUCUCCUCUCAUGGAUAAAUCCCUUUCCUUCACAGUGCAGAUGGGCGGUUGCUACUAUCAUGGCUUCUAUCUGCAUAGCUAGAAGUCCAGCGACAGCCAUUGCGCUUGUCAAGGAAAUGCGAUGCAAAGGCAAAAUGACUUCCACCAUGUUAGGCAUCACCGUGCUAUCUGAUCUGUUCGUCUUGAUCAGUAUUUCCAUAACAACUUCAUUCGGCAUGUCUUCUUGCAAGGGUCUGCCGUUCCAAGGCGCAUCUUUGGGCAUUGUGAUUGCGAUGAUCAUCGUCUCGAUCUUGAUCGGAGUAGUGAUUGGCUUUGUCUUCAUGGGCCUCAUGAUGUUCAGCAGAUUUGAAAUGAAUGCCUUGAUCUUUCCUCUCGGAUUCCUCGUAUUUCUUGGGAGCAGCGUGUUCACAACUGAGGUCUCGAAGCGGGUGCCGGAGGAUAAGCAGAUGCAUCUUGAACCCCUCUUGAUGUGCAUUGUUGGAGGGUUCAUUUGUGUCAACUUCAGCUCCUUUCACCAUCGCUUCUGCGAUGCUCUACAAGUGGCGGCCCCCUACAUCUUUGUUCCCUUCUUCACUUUGGUUGGAGCAAGUCUUGACCUCAAGACCUUCGCAGCUUCUAUAGGGUUUGCACUCAUCGUCGCGCUCGUGCGAGCCAUAUGCAUCUUCACCGCAACCUCUUCCACAGGCUGGCUGGUGGGGCAAGAGAAAGCAACGAACCUCACGAUCUGGAUGACGCUGAUAUCCCAAGCCGGAUUCUCCCUUGGUCUUGCAUCAGAGAUUGCUCACAAGUUCGAAGAUUGGGGCAGAAAAUUUCAGGCUGUAAUCAUUUCUAUCGUUGUCAUCAAUCAGAUGACUGGGCCUGUGCUCUGCAAACUUGCACUGCGAUGGUCGGGAGAAGCAGGA